ACAAGCCACAGUGUGGCAAGAGGCAGCGAGCUCCCAGGCCUGUCCUGGGAGCACAAGCCCCCAAAAAAGUACACGUGAAGAACUCACAGCAACAAAACUCAGUUUGUCGCUGCAGCAAUGGGCCGAACCAGGCACAAAAGGUCACAGCUGCGCCUGCGCAGAACCUUACCGGGGCGUGGCCUAGCGCCCUGCCCCGCUUUCUGGCGCUGUGCGGUGACGUCACGGCGGAGUUGCCAUGGCGGCACUGAGCGGCUUGGCGUCGGCGCUGGAGUCUUACAGGGGCCGGGACCGCCUGAUCCGAACAUUGGGGUACUGCUGCCAGCUGGUCGGAGGGGUCCUGGUGGAAAAAUAUCCGGCCAGGAGGAAGACGUCUUUGUCCGCUGUGUAUCUGUCCUGAGCAACCUGGCCGACCAGCUGUACUACCCCUGUGAGCACAUUGCCUGGGCUGCUGACGCCAAGGUCCUCCAUGUGGACUCUGCCUGGUGGUGGUCUCUGAGCACGGCCCUCUGGGGACUGUCCUUGCUCCUGGGGAUUGCCAGGUCCCUAUGGAUGGUCCUGAAGCUGAGAAAGAAGCUGAGGAGUCCCACGGCGGCCUUCACCAGCCAGCUGCCCCGGAGCAAGUGGAGGGCCGUGGAGGCCCAGAUCCAGUCGGAGGUGCUGACUGUCCUGAGCAACCUGGCUGACCUGGCCAAUGCCGUGCACUGGCUGCCCCCUGGUGUCCUGUGGGCUGGCCGCUUCCCCGUGUGGCUGGUGGGCCUCCUGGGCACCGUCUCUUCCCUUCUCAGUGUGUACCAGGCAGUCCGGGCUGGCGGCAGGGCCGAUGCCACCACCCCCUGACAUGGCCUGAGGGCGCGUGCACACCACUGGAACCCUGAUGGAGGGUCCCUUCCCACAAAGCGGAAAUCACCCGGGUAGGGCUGGGUCUCUAACUGAGCAAAUCAAGGCUGGAUGUGGGGAUAUGCAGCGCAGAGAAUUCGCGGAGCAGCCAGGGGAGCAAGCCCACGGUGGGGUGGGGUGCGGUCCCCCAGGGGCCUUUCCACCCAGGUCCCAGGACUCGCAUGCAGAGGCCUUAGCUGAGUCCUGCUUUGUCCCCUUGCAUCCUGUAUUCACAUAAAUCCAGGGGGGCCAUGAUUGUUUGUGCCAAGUGGGCCUUAAGAAAGCUGAUGACAAUCAAUUAAAUAGAUGGUGCUGGUGCCAGGCCCAGGUGUAGGUCCUUUUUCCUAAAUUCACUGGCUCGUCCAAAGGCCCACUCACUGCCAUGUCCCCUCUCCCGGGCGGGGCGCCCGUAUCUUAUUUUAGGGAGGUUCCACCUCUGGAUGCGGCAGCCCAUGUGCCUGGGACGUUUCUUGUGGGAUGGAGCCACCGUACCUCCCAGCCCACCUGGAACCUCAUCUGGCUGCUGGCACAGCCCACUGCCCCCUUCAGCCAUGGAAGGCAGUUCUCUAUCCCAAAGUCACGGGCACCUGGCCACCGAUGCUGCCUCCCACCAGGCCACGCCGUCUCCUCCUUCUCCUGGAAACCACAGGGUGUUUGUUUUGGCCGAAGUAGCUGACACUCAGCCAUAGCCACAGCUCGGACCAGGCCCGUGUGAACAUUUCCUGGGCCCUGAGCUAGGGCUGGGCCACGUAGGUUCCUGUCUUCCACCUCAUGGAGACUGGUGGGGUGGGAUGCCUUUUCAGUAUGACUAAGGCUGCGUGUGUCUGGCCUCGGUAGAUGGUGGCCGGCCCACGCCUGCCAGUCGCAGGUGAUGUGUCCUCGGACCCUCCACUUCUGAGUUCCAGCAGGAAAGUCGAGGGAAUCAGGCUCUGCCUUAUGUCCCCCAAGUACUUGGGACAUCAGGUGUUUGCAGCCCCUGAAGUCAUGUGGUUUCAAGCACAGCUUGUUCUUUUACAGGAAAGCUAUUACUAGGUGGCUGGGAACAGCUGGGAUGGAGGGCUGCUCGGAGUAGUAGCACAGGGUGCAGAAGAGACCUAACCCCGCCUUUGGCCGAAGUGCCCUCUGGAUUAGGGGUGGGGGGCCAGGCUAGGUCAGUCUCCCCAUCCCUCUUGCAAAAAGGGGUCCCCUUCCCAGAGCCUGAGGCACCAGUGAAAUUGGGGCGGGGGUCAGAGCAGCACCUGCCUGCCUAUCUAGAAACUCAGAAUGAAUGUAAGGCACGCAGAGCAGUGUCUGUGGGGAAGUCCUGUGAACACUUGGAUGUGACACGUCAGGUCACAGGUAUCCCAAAAGGCUGAUAUCCCUGUGGGCCUGAGCAGAGCCAGGUGCCAGCACUCCGGCUGCAGCUCCCGGGUAGUCAGGGCUGGCCCUGUGGCAGUGCUGGGGCUGCAGCUGCCCAGGCCCACUGCUAGGCAGUGGAGACAAUCCCACCUGCAGUGUGGCCACACCCCCUGCCCACUGCCCUUCUGGGCCGGCAGGAUGCAGGGAGCGUAUCUACUGCAAGUGGCUCACUCAGGGAGCAGGGAGCUGACAUCCAGGACUACAGGGACAGGUCUAAACUGGAGAGGACCCAGCUAGAGCAUGACUUGGCAUUCCCUGCAGGCUGACUUCGACUAGGGGGCUGCUUCUCCUGGGGCCUGUCUCCAGCUUUGAAUGUCCAAACAUUUUCAUCGUCUGGGGCUUCCCCAGAGGCAAAGGACCCAGGCUUCUCUGUGUGGUCUCCCGGCUGAUCACGUCACUCACGACAGGCCUGGGGUGCAGGCAGCUGGUUCCAGCUGGAGCUGAGGCCAUGUCACUUGCCUAGGAGGUGUGCCGCAUCCCUCAUUCCAACCGCAGGGCAGAAGUGGUGGUGCCACUCUCCCAUGGACCUGAUGCCUGCACCCAGCAGAAGAGGUGAUAGCAGUCGAGAGGGCUCCUAUGGUAUCCUGGGCCCAUGUGAAGGGUGGGACGUCACAGCCUGGUUGUCAGGUAGGCCCUGGACCUGAUUGAUAUCCAAGCCUCCCCAAGUUCCUACUGCAGCAGACUCUGAAGGGGAGGUCCUGCCUGGUAAGG